AGUCAGUUGCGUUCGGAUUGUAAUCGGAAUUGGUUGUGUGCGUUGUCUCUCACCAUAGUUCUCGCGGCCCGGUACUCUUCACGGUUGCUCCUCUUCCCUGACGGCUGCUUUCCACACCGUCGGUCGCUCGCUCGAUCGAUCGAUCGAUCUAUUAAUUAACGCGACGGGUACGCGAUUACGCGCUGGCGUGUGCGUGACCGAUGCUGGCGCGUUCCGUAAACAUCUAGCCGACGAAUAUAGAUACUGCAACCUUCACGCAAGGCGACAACGACGACGACUACGAUAGUUCCCCAAAAACGGCGUGUGCGUGUCCCUGACACUGUGUGCGUUGCAGAGAAAAAGUAAAAAAAAAGCUUACACACACAUUUUUUCCUGCAAACCUGUCAACCAGGUAGUGCGGAGGCGCUGUGGGGUUGAUCGCAAACAGGCUCCACGGUGUAGUGCCAAAGAGGAAAGAGCCUUGAACACGUACAGAGAGAGAGAGUGAGAGAGAGAGACUGCUGCCACACCGCAGCACUGCAGUCAUUGGCCCAACCAAAUCAAACCCCCGUACAGAACCGCGGGGACCGAGAUUCGCGUUUUUGUAAAGCUUCAUUUUCUCAAUUACCGUCCAUUAGCCACUCCGCGUGUCACCCUUCUUCCAACCGUUUUUCCCACCAAUAAUACACGCAAUCGCGACGGGUUUGAGCUGAUCGAUCGACGUGUGUCCUCACACACUCAAGCGCCCUUCAAGCAAGAUCAGCAAGAUCAGUGUGUGUCGUGUAAGUGAUAACGAGUGAUAACGAGAGUGAAAAGUAACAGCGCGCACACGCCUCCAACACACUCUCACACCCACUACAGCACAAUCAAAGCAAUCGGUGACCUACCGAACGGGCGCGCGGGUUCGCUCGAAUCGAAUUGUGUAUUAUUUUGGAUUUGAACCGUCAAUCGAAGCGUUUGAACCGCUUGACCGUUCGCUGGACUUUGUGCUUACAGACUUUGUGCGGUACAGUUCCGGGAUCGCGGACCGGUGUGCUGUGGGGUGUGUGUGAGAGUUUCGGUGCAAACUGAACGCGUAUCAUCGAGCAAAGAGGUGUGUGAACUCGAUUCUGCUUCCGUCGACAGAAAACUACUUCAACAAUCCGAACCGUGCGCGUAUUGGAGAGAAAAAAACAACCAUGUAUCAUCAGUUUAUGGAGCUGCGUGUAGUGUGGUGCGUCGUCGUCGCCCUCUGGCUUGCCCGGCUGAGCCCGGUGCUGGCGUCCGGCUUCGGCAAGUGCCCAAAUUACCCUUCAAUGCCAAAGUUUAACAUGACAAAGUUUUUAGGCAAAUGGUACGAGGUGGAGCGUUCCUUCUAUCUGCCCGAGCUGGCCUCCGGCUGUACCACGAUGACCUUUGAGAACACGACGCUGCGGGACGAGGCCGGCCGAAGUCAGCUGGAGAUUUCGAUUAAAUCCGUCAAUCAAUGGACGGGCAACCCAUCGAUCAGCAUCGGGGAAGCCGUGCCGGAGAGUGAAACGUCCUCCAUCAUGAACGUCCAGCUCCAGUCACGGCUUCCAACGGCGAUUGCGCGGCUACUGCCAGGAUCUGGCCGCUACCAGGUGCUCUACACUAACUACGACAACUUUGCCAUUCUCUGGUCGUGCACGAGCUUUGUGGCGGUUCACGCUGAUCAAAUCUGGCUCCUGGGACGUGAUCGAGACUAUUCGACCGACAUUAGGAAAAAGAUCUACAACGCCCUUGAGCAGCUAAGCCUUGAUCCGGACCGUUUGUUCAUUGCGAAAAACAAAAACUGCCCCUCCACGCUGUGAACCCUAUUGGCCCGGGACGACUAGAAAACUACACUUAUGAGGAUCUGUGAUAUUACAAACAAACCAGCUUUCGGUAAAAGCGGAAGAUCAGAGUUUGGGACGCGAGAGAGAGAGAGAGAGAGAGAGAGAGAGAGAGAGAGAGAGAGAGAGAGAGAGAGAGAGAGAGAGAGAGAGAGAGAGAAAGUAGCGAUCACCGACGAGACGCGCCGCCAUAAGUUUUCGGAUGCAUAAUGUUCUUUUUUGUUGUUUUCAGCUAAAUAAUAAAACAAACGCAUAGUGUAAAUUAAAACGCACUUAAAAAAAGGUUGAUAUUAUUGUACGCGAGAGCUGCUUAAGAUUUAUAUAUCCAACAUUAGUAUUUUGUCGUGUUUCCGUAGUUGGUAUUGCGCAAUGUGUUUUAUCAUGAUUAUAGGUAGCGAUUAUAUGUUUUUAAAAGCUUUCAUAAAUCGUAAGGGACAGGCAUAAAACGGCAUUUUCUAAAACAAGUUAAAAUUAACCCUGAACUAGAGAGGGAUAGUACAGAUAGAGAGAGUGUGUAUGUGUGUGAAAGGAAGGGAGAUUGAUUCGGGAUAGAAACAGCGUCAGAACUGGCACACAGAGCAAACCCGAUGGCUUGCGGUGGUGUGACGACGAUGUGACGCUGCGCUAGACCCCGUCCCCAUCGGGGGGCUGCUAUUCAUUUACGCUAAGCUUAAGUACUGUUCUUAAUCGAUAGACAAUAAAAUUAGCAGAAAUGCAUGUACGGUUUCGCAUGGACUAUUACAAAAAAACGGAGAACAAACAACACACAAACAGAUCAAAAGUUACAUACAAAAUACACAUCGGCACAGAGGGAAGUUGGGGUUUGUCUUGCGAGACGAGAGGGGGAGUA